UCUGUCGUAUAUAUUUUAAAAUGGCCGUCCGCCAUGGUCACGACGGAUAGCGAGCGAUAGUGUGUUUUGCGAAGUGCAUUCGUGAAAAAAGUGUGUCUAAUGGCGUUUGUACUCCAGUCCACGAGUAUGACGUGCUGAAGUUACUGAUAGUGAAGGAAAACAGAUCUUCUAAACGGCGCAAGUGAAGGAAAUUCGAACAGGAAUAUCCGCCGGAAGCAGCACCUCACAAUCAGAAUCAAUAUUUUCGCGAAUGAAAGAGAGAAAAGUGCAAUAAUGUUAUUUUUAGUGGAAUCAUUCACGGGCCAAGACGAAUGAAAACAGACGAAAUCAGCUUGUGCUGUAGCGGUAGAGAGUGAUGUAAAACUCUAAAUUGAGUCGUUUUUUGACAGAAAACAAGCUUACUGUGUUUCGGAUUAUGGAGCAUCAGUGGAGAAAGGCUAUCAAGGCAAAGUGUUGAAGAAAAAGAAACCAAGUCUGAGUGCGUCCCGAUCUCUUAUUGUCCAAAUUUUUGUUUUUCGUGGCUGUACAAUUCACUAGAGUAGUAAAAUGAACCGAAAUUUGACAAGACUGGAGUAUUCGUGUGGCUACACUACCAACCAUAGCUACUAUUGCUGGUGCUACUAUUCAAACCGUGCUCGUUGUGGUUCCUGCCCAUCGUCUCGUCAUCCAAGGGAAGUCACCUGUCUCGUAGGCAACUCAUCUUAGAAGAAUAUACUGCUCUCCUCAACUGAUUUGCAGCGCGUCACGUAACAAACGCACCGUAAGAGACAUUAACUGUAUAAAGCAAAAAACAAGGAAAACUAAAGAAGACGCGAAACGAAACGUCGCGGUCUGUCUCUUUCCCGAAAAAAACUUGUCAUUGCGUAUUCCCGAUUAGAAUAUGAUAGGAUUAAGUCGUCGUGGAGUGAAUGCUGGACCGCCAUUGAGCUUGCCAUCUACACUGGAGGACUCUACGAAUAAUUGGAAAGGUACACCUACGGGACCUACCGAUCCAUCACAGCAACCCGGUGGACCCGGUGGUGCUGGUGGUCCUGGUGGUGGUGGGCCUGGUGGUGGUGGUCCUGGUGGCGGCGGUGUCAACAACUUUGGCGGUCCUGGUGGAGGAAACUUCGGCGGGCCCGUGUUUCCUGCCGCUGGCCAGGGUUCUCCUGCGGGAGGAUCCGGUGCCAAUAGCUAUCAGAAUGUCCCUCCUGGAACUGGCUCAAACACCCCGCAGUAUACAGCGUCGCCCGCUCCUUCCGGGUCCAGUACGCCUGGUCCCGGUCCACCACAGAACGUAGGUUCCGGUUUUCCACCACCAAACGCUGGUGGAGGUGGCCCUGCACCGUACAAUGGACCUGGAGGUCCUGUUGGUGGCGGUCCAUUCGGCUCACCGUCCGCUAAUGGUCCACAGUUCGGUCGACCCGGCAGCUCGGGAUCGGCCUUCGGCAGUGGGCCACAUUUCACGUCACCUGGUGGCCCAGGUAGCUUCGGUGGCCCUCAGUUCGGACUACCUCCAGGGUCACCAUUCGGUCAUGGGCCAAAUGGUCCAAACAUGGGUGGCCCGAUGAAUCAAGGACACAUGAUGAGUGGUCCGCAACCAGUUGAUCGGAUGGAUCAGAGUCAAUUGAACGUACCCAGAAGGCAUGCAUACUUUGGACAACCUGACUAUAGAAUAUAUGAAUUAAAUAAGCGAUUACAGCAAAGAACUGAAGAAAGUGAUAACAUUUGGUGGGAUUCGUUUGCGAACGAAUUCUUCGAAGACGAUGCAACCCUAACACUAACAUUUUGCUUGGAAGAUGGACCAAAAAGAUAUACUAUAGGACGCACACUAAUUCCUCGUUAUUUUCGAAGUAUCUUCGAAGGUGGCGUAACGGAACUGUACUUUAAUCUGAGACACUCGAAGGAGUCGUUUCACAAUACCUCCAUUACGCUUGACUGCGACCAAUGCACGAUGGAAACGCUUCAUGGGAAACCCAUGUAUACCAAGGUAUUCACCGAGGGCCGGCUGAUACUGGAGUUCACCUUCGAUGACUUGAUGAGGAUAAAAUCGUGGCACUUUGCCGUGCGAGCGCACCGGGAGCUGAUACCUCGUUCUGUGGUUGCCAUGCACACUCAGCAACCGGAUCCGUCUAUGCUGGAACAACUGACGAAGAAUAUCACCAGACAAGGAAUUACCAACUCGACACUAAAUUAUCUGCGCCUAUGUGUGAUAUUAGAACCGAUGCAGGAAUUAAUGUCCAGACACAAAGCGUACUCACUAAGUCCGCGGGAUUGCUUAAAGACGACACUGUUCCAAAAGUGGCAACGGAUGGUAGCGCCACCCGUGUUGAAAGUACCAAAUUCCAUUUCAGAUGCGCAACGUCCUGCCAACAAACGGAGAAAACGCAAAGGGUCGAGCUCAGGAGCAGGGGCAGGAAAUGCCGGUCCGCCAGUGCCGAGCAAGAAACGAUCGCCCGGACCGAACUUCUCGCUGGCGUCUCAGGACGUAAUGGUGGUUGGUGAGCCUUCACUAAUGGGCGGCGAAUUCGGCGAAGAGGAUGAACGGAUGAUAACCAGGCUAGAGAAUACGCAGUAUGAUGCAGCCAACUCAUUGGAACAUGAUAGCCACAACGCUUUUGGUGGUCACAAUGAUUCCCCGAUGACGGGCGGGGGUCCUGGGGGUCCCAACUCGUGGCAAGUCGAUCGGGGUGGUGGUCCUGGACAGCCCAACAACAGUGGACCAGCCAGUCAGGAAUCGGACAAGAAAAGUCCUUCGGUGUCCCAGUGACAAUUGUAAUACUAUAGGGUGAAAGAAGAAAAUCAGUAGAACCGAAAGACCCACAGCAGACUGACUAAUUGUUCGCGCUGACGGGUUACACCCUAUAUUGAUUAAAAUGCAGCAAAACACAAGGUUCUCAACGACGAUGACGACGACGACGCGACAACAAAUGGUCACACGGAACAAGACGGAAUACUUAACAGAGCGGGACACAGCAGAAUGUGUGGCAUUGGCGACCGCUUGAAUCAGCCAAGUGCGAUCCGGUAUCCGGAUUAUUGGCAGCAUCAAGCUGUGUUUGCCAGUCCCUCCUCGAUUACUGCCGAUGUAAGCAAAGCCGUUCUGUAGGCGGCCAAAAAGAUUUCUUAGUGUUUAAAUGGCAACCAUGCGCUGGAUACUUAAUCCUGAAAUUUGGCACUAAUAAAGACAAUGUGCUACGCACAUUGGAACCACAUUUGGACUCUUUGAAAGCAAAUCAAAUAUGAUUACCACCUUUGUCGGGUGACAAGAGAGUAAUUUUGAAAAGCAUUAUUUAAGAGAAAACAUUGCGCGAAAAAAGCCGUGAUUUGGCGGGACGAUUUUUCGAGCGUAAAUUUUGCAAUAUAGAUAUCGUGUUUUUCGUGGAAGGACAUUGAAAAUGAAAAAAAAGUAGCAUGGCAACAGCAAGUUGAGUGUAAAACAGAUAAACCACUCUAAUAAAUUAUAAAUAAUUCAAAAGAGUAGCGUUUUUGGAGGAAUAGGUCUACUCAGUAGUUACAGUAGUGUGAACGAAGAAGAAGCGAUACUGUGCUAGUGUAAAUGAUGAAAUCCAACCUCUAAGCAUAGAUGUAUAUGAUAGUCGGGCGGUGUAAAUGUGGGUUACUGUUUUUCGUUUUACGUUCGUUUUUUUGUUUCCUAAAGGAAUAUGUCGAUUGAGUGAAAAUAUGGGAAUUUUCGGGACGAGUACUUUUAGUUUUUAUUUCUGAAUUAUUUAUUAAAAAUAAACAUACUAAAAUGUUCAAGCGACACAAAUGAAGUGGUUUCAUGGAAAAACCACAUAAUCGCAGGCGUUUGAGUCCAUUUACAAAAAUGUAUGAUUUGUUGCAACACAAGAGAAAAUCAUUUAUCUGAUCAUAAAGAAACUAUCAUCUGGCAUAUGAUGUGUGAAAAAAUGUAUCCACCUGCAGGAAAAAAUGAGCAUUUGUAAAAAGGAUCCACUCAAUUCAGUAUAUUUCUCUUAUCUAAUCAAUACACACUGACAGACACAAGCCGCGAAAUGCGACAUGAAAUUCCGAAAGGAUAAACCAAACACUAAAAACCAUAGCAAAAAAUAAACUAGCCUCUGAUUGCAGCAGCAGCAGCAGCGAAAUAGCGCAGAAGUAUCUGAACGAAUGAAGAAGUCGUAUGAAAGUGUAUCUGUAAAAUCUAGUAUUUUAAUGUAUUAAAAUAGGAAAAUUAAAAUAUUCUCUAAAGAAAAAGGUAACAGUUAAUAUAAAUAAUUACGUUUUUUGAAGAAAAAACUGAAGGCAAGACAAAAAUCAAGUAAAUUAUUUUAAUCAUGAAUCUCUUUUUAAAAAACCCGUAAAAUCACGACAAAAAGAGAAGGUCCGCGCGUAAAUCAGAAUAAUAAUCUAAAAACAAAAUGAAAAUAAAAAAAAACCAUGCAAAAUUAUGUACAUUGACAACUCUAACUCAGCCCUAUAAAUAGAAGCAAAACGAAUCGCAAGAAGGUGAAUCAGAAAAAAAAAUUGACACAUAUUGAACCUAAAUCUGAAGACACCGUGCCAAAAAAGCUGGCAACUCUUUCGUUAUUCCAUACAAAUAAGAAGCGUUUCUGAUUGCAGUGCUUCUAAUCGUUGAAAAGUUGGAGUGAUAAAGUAAUUCGACGAAUCGACACGCACACCAGCAUAGAUAUGGUUCUCUCCUUUCCCAUUUAGGAGCCGUUAACAUUUGCUAAUUUUUGUCUCCGUUGCUAAUUUUUUUGACACGCUGUCUUUGUCUUACCGGUCCCAUAAUAGUAGCCAUCGGAAAGUGAAGCAUUGUAGAAAGACGGCUUCAACCGGUAGCGAUAGACUCAAAGAAAACAUGGCAGAAAACAUUGGGAAAAUAAAAAAAAACAUCGUCAGUAUUUGUUAUAUAAACAAUCAUUAAGAAGAAAAAGAGUGAUCAUUAAGGAAAAAUCAUUAUUUUUACGUGUAUAUCUUAUUAUUAUUGUAAUUUAAAGAAAAAGGAAAUAACAGAAAAAAAGUGUUAGUAAAUCAUAAUUUUAC